AUGAAAACGUAUGCGAAUAAGGCAGUGAAGCCAUUACAUGGCUUCGUCACCUUCCAACUUAGAAGGCUGCCCUUACGUAUUAGGGGCUCGUUGUGCGAACUACCUCCUGCUCACAGCAGUUUCACGAAAACGUCGUCGCGGGUGUGUUCAACUCUGGGAUUUCUAUCUAACUUUACAAAAAAGUAUUGGUUCGAUAAAAGAGAGCUAGAAAAUUUUGGAGAAAAUAUCAAAGGCAUUAAGUUGGUCCAAGAUGAAUUCCGCAUUGGAAUUAUUAGUCAUCUGCCAGAGGUUAAACGAUACUUGCAAAGGGAAAUGCUGGAGAACGUGGCCAGGAGACGUAAAAAUCUGGAAGAUCAGUAUUACAACGGAAGGACAACUCAAGACACCGCGCCACAUUUUGUAAACCAGCUACCAAGGCAUCCAAAACUUCUGAGGGGUAAUUCCGCUAUGGAAGAGAAAAAUGCAGUAAAAGUAUCCAAAGGAUAUGAAGAGGAAAGCCACUCCAGAAGAACAGAUGAAGAAAGAAGCGCGAAAAUUCGUAAGAGGGCUGUGUCAGGUGAAGUACAGGAAAGUGAACUUGUAGACCAUAGCACAACUAUAAACGAAAAGAGUCAGGUAGAAACUAAAGAAUACAAUCGUAAAAACUUUGAAAGUUAUAAAGAACGUAUUCGGAGAAAAAUCGAUGAUGAUGACGAUGAUGAAGAUGAUGACGAGGAUGAGAAUGGAGAUGAAGUAGAGGAUGAUUCUAAUACCGCCCCGACUGAAGCAAAUAAAUUAAAUGGUAAAAUUCAUAUCUCUGUCAUGUAUAAAAAUUCGUCUUAUUCACCCCCCUUCGUCAACUGCAGUGAUUCAGACGAUAUGGUGGAUGAAGAAAAUUAUGAAGACGAAAUGGGUGAUGAUGGGAGCAAUAUGACAGAAAACGUAUCGCAUUCGAAGGCCCAAAAGCAAACAAAAGGCAUUUUUAAAACUAAUAUUAGUAUACUAGCAAUUUGGAUUGUGGGUAUAUGCUUGAUGGCCUUGCUAGAAUGUCUUCUUGGAAUUCGCAUUGUUGUAAAUGGUGAUCCAGUUGCUUCCCAUGAGCACUCAUUGCUCAUCAUGAAUCAUCGUACAAGAACAGACUGGAACUUUCUGUGGGCGGCCAUGUUUCACGCCAGCCAACCACUUGCGCACCGCAUGAAGUUCGUCUUAAAAGAUCCCAUUCGACACAUCCCGGGCCCUGGCUGGGUCAUGCAGCUAACCUGCUUCAUGUUCAUUCAUCGCAAUUGGGAACAAGAUAAACAUUUAUUGGCGAAAGCUCUAGACUAUUUUUGUGACAUAAAGCAUACGUGUCAGAUACUAUUGUUUCCCGAAGGUACAGAUUUAACGGAAAGUAGCCGCAGACGAAGUCACGAGUUCGCCAAAGCUCAUGGCUUGAAGCACUAUACCUAUGUGUUGCACCCUAAAACUACAGGGUUUGUUUUCCUAGUGCAGAGGAUGAGACAAAAUCAACAAUUAGAUGCAGUCUACGACUUUACUGUCGGAUAUCCUUUCCACAUCCCGCAACAAGAAACAGACUUACUGAAAGGAAACUUUCCUCAAGAGGUUCACUUUACUGUUAGAAGGUUUGCAAAUUCAAGCUUGCCGGGUGAAGAUUCCGAACUCCGUAAAUGGCUCUCAGACGUAUGGUGUGAAAAGGAGAGAACUCUGCACGAUUUUUAUUCCUGUGGACAUUUCAAGCAAAACUUUCCUCCGGCAAAGUUUCAGAAGGCAGACACACCAACCAGUCUCCCCGACUUGGCGUCAAACGAAAUACCCAGUGGUGCUCUCAACAUCAAGUCCAGCUCUCCUGAAUAUAUGUUGCCAUCACCAGACUAUUCUCAACUUGAUUCAGUACCUUCUAGUUCUAAUACCUCAUCUUCGUACAGAGAAGAAAGUAAUAUUUCAAGGUCUUUCAAAGGACAACCUUUGUCUCAUAGCAGUGCUCUUUAUCUGUCUCUUCUUUUCUGGACAUUGUUGUCACUGUUGUUAGUUUUAGGUCUUGCACUGUCUCACUUAAUUCGGAUUUGGGUAGCUGUCAAUUGCAUUCUGUUUGUGACAUUGUCUAUUUUCACUGAAGGAACACAUCUAAUAGAGAUUUCCUUGUUCCGUUUGAAACAAAAGUAUUUUGCAGGGUAAUAAUUAUAAUUUUAAAAAUAAGCAAUAAAUUUUGAGAACAUACUCUUUCUGUAUUAGAAUGUAGACAGUUGCCAUUGCAUUCAUUACAUUUGUAUCCACCUGCUCCCUACUAUUAGCAUUAUAACAUACACGCACAUAUUUUCUGAUUACGAAACAAAAUUUAAAUAAUGGAUUUUACUGAGAGAAAAUAAACGAAAGUGAUUAAGUCGGCGUUUUGUGCAUAUUCUCGGCUUUUGACUAAUUCCUUCAGAACUGGGAGCACGAAAAUAUAACGAACAUAAUGCUUUCAUGAAGAACGCUUAACGUACGCAUUUUAAUGUUAAGUAUGACAGCUUGUCCAACAUCAUUUUGCAAGUGCAUAUAACGAGCGGAUUUCAUAUUCAACACUCAUUAAUUUGUAUUUUCCAAAGCGCAAAUUGUUCUUAUUUUACAAUGCGUUAGUUUUCGUGAGAUCAAGUCCUACUAUAAAAAGUAUGUUUAUGAAAAUUCAGAGACAACAUUUUGCGAGGAGAAAUUCAAAACGUUUUGGUCGAAUAUGUCACAUUACAGAUUUUGUAAAAUGUCACAGGCUACACUCAACUCUUACUGCGAUACGAUUUUAU